GCGCCUUUUCCGCUGCCCAAACCCUAGAGGCUGUCAGUGUCAGGAGUUGCUGAAGCCGAAGGAUAACGGAAACAAAUGCUCUAUCGUUGGCUUCGGUCUUUUAGCCCGACCUCCCCUUAUUGGCUUUUGGGCCAGAAGGUGUGGUUUUACUUGAUUUUCAUACAUUUGUGCUUUGAUUUGUUUCAUUUACCCUUGCAUGCUCUUCGAAAUUUUGUAUUAGCUAGCUAGUCAUAGGUCCCCCUGCAGUUGCCAGCAAGCGCAGUUUUCUUUCAUUUUUACAUUGUGAUUAACCGGGAGUUUAAGAAGUAACGAUGGCAAAUGACUUAAAAACAGAAUUCAUCCAGCUCUGCAAAACAUUGCAGGGUCCGCACCUUGUUGCUAAAUUUCAGCAGUUUUGCGGGGUGAGAGGCACAUUUCCUAGGAAAUCAAGUGAAACAUCAGAACGGGAGCUGGAAAGAUUUCACAACGGUGCCUGCACGAACUACUGCCCGGAUGACGGUGAAAAUGGAACGGAAGACGGUUGCAAUAGUGACGGUCCCCGCCAAAGAAAAACCACCACAGAAGGAUCUAGUCCGACUCAUGAUGACUGCAUUAACGGCUUACUGAACGGGACAGCAGCGCAGAUCUCUGGUGCCGGCGAAACAGAGGGCCAGAACGUAAACGAUUACCUCGCUAGUGCUAGAGAUGGCGGGUAUGCACAGGAGAGAUGCACGGUAGACAGUCCUGAUCAUGGGCGCGGGAUGUUAUGUGACCCAUGUAAGGAGGGCGAAAGCUUGGGGGGAAGCGCACCAAGCAUAGUAAAACCCCUGCGCAAAAACUCUCUGACAGACGACGGUGGGCAGGAGUUCAUCAUCGAGAACAAGUUUCUGUUCUACCUGUUCACCUUCGGGACCGAACUGGGCAACGAGAUGUUCUUCAUCGUUUUCUUCCCUUUCUUAAUCUGGAACGUUGACGCCUACGUGAGCCGGCAACUUAUUGUUGUCUGGGUUUGGGUCUUGUUUCUGGGCCAGUCAACAAAAGACCUCAUCCGCUGGACGAGGCCCGCCUCGCCGCCAGUGGUUAAAGUGGAGGUGUUCUACAACUCGGAGUACAGCAUGCCGUCUACGCACGCCAUGUCUGGGACCGCUAUCCCAUUCUCGCUGUUCCUAUUGACUUACGGUCGCUGGCAGUAUCCCUUCGUCUUUGGUCUAGGCCUGGCACUCUCCUGGAGUAUCCUGGUGUGUGUGAGUCGGGUCUACAUGGGCAUGCACUCUGUCCUGGAGGUCAUCGCUGGUUUCCUGUACAGCGCCCUGAUCCUAGCAGUCAUCCAGCCGGCGCUGGAACACAUCGACAGCUUCUACCUGACGUCCCGCCACGCCCCGCUGGUCAUCGUCGUCCUGCACGUGUCCCUGGGACUGCUGGCCUUUCGGCUGGACUCCUGGAGCACCUCGCGCGGCGACACGGCCCAGGCGCUGGGCACGGGGGCGGGCGCCGCCCUGGCCUCCCACCUCAACCACCUGCUGGGCCUGGCGCCCGACCCGCCCCUGUCCCAGCUGCCCUUCGCCCCGCAGCCCCUGAGCGCCGCCCUGGUGGGCCGCUCGCUGCAGCGCCUGGCGCUGGGCGUGGCCGUGCUGCUGGCCACGCGGGCCGCCAUGAAGGCCCUGACCAUCCCGCUGGUGUGCCGCGCGGUGGGCGUGGCCAGCGAAGACGUGAGGCGGGCCCGGCAGCACAUGGAGGUGGAGCUGCCCUACCGCUACAUCGUCUACGGCACCGUGGGCUUCAGCUGCGUCUUCCUGGUGCCCCUCCUCUUCAGCUACCUGGACCUGUCCUGAGCGCGCUCCCUUUGCCCUGCUGGCUCCGCCCCCUCCCCCUGAGUGAGCUUGGGGCCUGAUUGCCCCUGUGGAUAGGUGGCGGUGGAGGGGUAGGGUAUUGGAACAAAAGCAACUCGCAAAUUUAAACCUUGCUGAUCGCUUCCAUUUUUGUUUUGACUUCUGUUCUUUCUGUUAUGUUUUUAAAUAUUUGAAGUCAUAAUUUGUCCCCUAACGGUUCCUGUUGCAAUAGGUUGAGGUCUGAGGAGAUUUGGGAUGUGUUCCUUCUUUCAGGCAUUUCCAUGCUGUGUAAUGGGGCCUGGUUCCCCUAGCUUCUCAGGCGUGUGUGUGUGUGUGUGUGUGUGUGUGUUUGUGUGUAUUUGUUUGUUUGUGUGUGGUUGUGUGUGCGCACGCAUACAUGCAUCUAUGUGUGUGCUUCCUCUUGUGCCUGCAUCUGUGUGUAUGUGUGUGUGUAUGUGCGUGUGUGUCUGUGUGCAUAUGCAUGUCCAUGUGCGUGUAUGUGUUUAUGUGUGGUUGUGUGUGGUUGUGUGUGUGCGUGCAGUUUUGUUCGGACUCCCUCUCCUUUACAGUCCCAGGGCUUUCUCCCACAAACACACACCCAUCCUGUCCCAACCCCAUGGCCACAGUCACUCAUUGUUUGCAUGUUGUACAAUAGUUGGUUGAGUUCCCCCACAUCAAAUGGCCCUCCCCCAUUGAAAAAGGUCUUUGUUGUGUUUUCCUUCUUCAAGUCUACACAAAUAUUCUCACGCGAGACUUUGAAGGAACAGGGUUCUGGGGUCAUGUUUUUUUUUUCAUGAAGGUUCUUGUGUAAAGACUGAUAUCCCAAGGUUGACAGAAAAUGAUGGUGAGGACUUGGUCUUAAGCCCCGCCCUCCCCCAUGGUGUCCCACUCUAUUUGAAGCAAACACCUCCCAGCCUGCACAAACUUCCUUUGGAUUGAAAAGUUCAUGGGAAACCAUCGUACUUGGAAGUCUGGAGUAAUGCAGAGCAAAAACCUUUACCCAUAUGUGAAUUUCUGGAUCAAAGGAGAAUUUCUCUUUGGAAAAAAUUAAUAGGAGUUUCACAUAACCGUCCCUGUCACAGUCUGUGAUUUAAACUGGCGUUUAAAACGUUAUCCGCGCACAUUUCUCUCCUCAAUGCCACUGGAUCCAUUAUAUUCCAAUGCCAAAAUAAUUGUUUUGCUAGCAGCAUGCUAACACUAGUGUGAAUGUUAUUAAUGUCACAGCUAAUGGGUUUCACUAUUUAUUGUUACCCAUUUAUUACACUAAGGGGUAACAAUAAAUGCUUUACGGGCGUGAAUGGCAGCUGGUAGUGUGUGGUGUUGUAAUUCUGCGACCGGUCACUAAACACUUAGCCGUUACCAAUUCGCUUUUUAAAAUUGCACCAAAAUUUUUUAAAGGCUAUGAAAAAGGGUGAAAAGCAUUCUUAGCAAACAUUUUCUUAUACAAAUGUCCACAUGUCAUACGUUAUUUUGAAGGAUAUAAGAAAACGCCAUUCAUUUCUCCCCAUAGGCCAUGUUUUUUUAAAUUCAUUUGGUAGUCUUGAAAAUACUAACAAACCUGAAGGGAAUGAUGAUAGACUGAAUCUGAAUGUUUGAUCUUCUUCACACUUUCAGACUGGCUGGCUUUAAGUGUGGCGUACCUGUGAAGUCCCGAGAGGCUAGGGCUGCCCAGUUCUACAAUUCAGUGAGGGAACUCAUGUUGACUUUCAUAUUUUGUCACAUAAGGAUGUGACAACAUGAAAGAAAAGAAGGAAGCAAUGCCAAAAAAACAAGAAAAAUAAUAAUUAAAGCAUUGCAGGAAGACAACCAAGGGAGGUUUUCCAAUGCAAGUGAUACAGAAUUCAUAUAACCUAAAUGUAUAUUUCAGACAUUGAUUUAUUUAUUUUUUAUUUAAAAUUUAAUACCGGUCAUAUCCACAACAAUGAGUGAGGUCUGACGUCCAGUCUCAUUAGCGCGUUUUAUACCCUCCAAGCUGUGCUCUUGCAGACUUCACGUAAUAGUGCUUUCGGACAUUUGGAUUCAGCCCUAGAGGGAAAGAGGCACCAUGAGCAGGUGGGAUGCUAGGGGGUUCUGGGAAAUUAAGUUCAGGGGCUGUGUUAGCUGGAUGGCGUUGUCCACAUGAAACAGCAAUAUACGUAUAUCAUUGGGACAAAGCCAUAACCUUUUGGACAAAGACUUUUUUUGAUUUUCCUCUGUACUCCUUUGUAAUCAUACAAUUCACAUGUGGUUAAAGUGCAGAUUCUCAGACUUUGUUAAAGUUUGUUUUAUACAGUUUUGUAGGAAUUCCAGUACUUUAUACAUGGUGCAUAAUAUUUGGGUGUGUUCAAUUGCUUCCAUAGACACACUCAAAGACAUGCAUGUUAGGUGCACUCCUGCAGUUUCCCUUGACCAAGGCACUGGCCUCAGAACUGGAGUUGGUCCCCGGGCGCUGCACUGUGACUGCCCACUGCUCCUAAGUAACUAGGAUGGGUCAAAAUGCAGAGGACAAAUUACCCCGCGGGGUUUAAUAAAGUAUAUCUUAUCUCUUUAGUAUAUGUAUUCAGUCAUAAACUAUUCUUCCUUAGUCUACCAGGCCCUUUGCAAUUACUGAUCUCACCAGUGCUCUUUUUCUUCUUAAUGAUGUUCCAAACAGUUGAUUUUGGUAAGCCUGGGGUUUGGCCUAUGUCUGACUAUUUUUGGCUGGACCGCAACA